AUGCUUGUAGUCUGCUUAUCGCCAUUUUUCUUCAUGGGUCUAUUCGAGGAAUGUGCAUUCUACUUCGUUUUGGAAACAUUGCAGUUUACAUUUGGAAUGACUCAGUGUGGAACAUUAUUUGUCACACACUUCGACUUUUAUUUUACUGCAGCAAUUUUUGCUGCUAGUAGCUCACUUGAUCUCCUCACUGCUCUUGGCAUAUAUCGCUAUUCUCAGGACAACGUCCUCAGUGCUAGACAAUUUAGCAAUAGCGACGUCAUUUUCUUCUUACAGUGCUGUGCAUCCAACGCUACACUGAUUGUAGGUUUUCUUCUCAUUUAUUAUUUACAUGCAAUAUGUCAUGAUCGUCUUGGUGCUUUCCUAACGACUACAUUUAUUAUGCAAGUCACUCACUUCUUAGACGGGAUGGCCGUCGUGUUACUAAAUCGUAAUAUACGUGCCAAUAUUUUCACACCGCACAAGCUUCUACAAUCGCAAAACACUUCUGUACAUCGCUGGUCAACAUAG